UAUGCCACAUCGAACACCGCUCGCGUCAUCGCGAGGAACACGUUGGAACCCUCGGACCGAUUACUCACGCAGUACACUGCCGCUGAACUCGCGGGUUCUCAAAAGAAAAAGAACGACACGGGGGGGUUACGCCCAUGUUGGUCGUGCGUGUUUUGGAACACUACGGAAAAACAAAAUGGCCGCCAGUUGGCAGUGAGCAGCGCGGAGAAGCGCAUGUGCAGCAGCCUCUGACUGGGCGUUUUCUUCUUCGCCGAGGCUUAAGAAAUAAAAAAGCCGUCCCGCACACACACCACAGUUAACGUUGUUAUUCUCGGUCGACAUGAGUGCUUUACAUGGCUGUGGAGUGCAGUGAAUCGCCCCUUCGCCGGUACCUGCUAAACUUCGUGCUUUUCGUCGCCGACUUCAUUCAGGCAAGCGUACGCCCAAGCAGCAAGAUGCUCUACCUCGAAGACUACCUCGAGAUGAUCGAGCACCUGCCUCAGGAACUUCGGGACAGGUUCACAGAGAUGCGAGAGAUGGACCUCCAAGUUCAGAAUGCCAUGGACAGCUUGGACGAGCGAGUCAAGCAGUUCUUUGCAAAUGCCCGAAAAAUGAAGCCGGAACAGCGAGACAUGGACUUUGACAAGAUCAGAAAGGAUUAUUACAAGGCACUCGAAGAUGCGGAUGAGAAGGUGCAGAUAGCAAACCAGAUUUACGACCUGGUGGACCGUUACCUGCGACGCCUGGACCAGGAGCUCCAAAAGUUCAAAAUGGAGCUAGAAGCAGAUAAUGCAGGAAUCACAGAGGUCCUUGAGAGGCGGUCCCUGGAGCUGGACAAGCCCCCACCAUCUACCGUUAAGGCUGAGAAGCGAAAGCACGUUGCAACGUCGUUGGGUGGUUCCUCGAUGAGCAGCAGCGGGCAGCCGCCCGAGAAGCGCCAGGCCACGGAGCGGGUCCUCCCAUUGGCUGGCGAAGUGUCCAGCGGGCGGCCCGUGGCCGCUGCCGUGGGUGCUGCCGCGGGCACGGCGGCACUGGCACCCGCCGACAGGUUGCUCAUCCCGCCAUCGGCCCUCACUUACGGCCUGGGAAGCAACGCCAUUGCCGCUGCGGCAUCACAGGCCAUCGCUGCAACGCAGCAGAUGCAGCAGGGGCGGCGCACGGCCAGCCUCAAAGCCAGCUACGAGGCCAUCAACGCUUCGCUGCAGAGCCUCACCUCCCGAGAGUUCACCAUGGGUUCAAAGGACAUUGGUUCGCUGACUUCACUCACGCCGCCUCCAGCACCUACACCGCCCCAAGUCAUGGCGAACCCUUCACCGGCUGCUGCAGUCGUGGCUGCCCCUGUGGCUACACCAGAACCAAAGCGCUCCACGUCCAAAAAGCAGAGCCGGGCAUCAAAUCAGUCCUCGUUGGCGGCAGCGAGCGAGGACUCCGGGGAUUCUCUGCUGAUGCUCGGGGGUAGUACAGACGAGGUGAACCUGGACUGGGGUUGUGAUCCCAAUGAGCCCCGGUACUGCAUCUGCAAUCAGGUGUCCUAUGGCGACAUGGUCGCCUGUGACAACGACGAUUGUCCCUUUGAGUGGUUUCACUACCAGUGCGUGGGCAUCACACAGCCUCCGAAGGGCAAGUGGUUUUGUCCACAGUGUACGUCAGCCAUGAAGCGGAGGGGACGCAAGGAUCGCUAAACGGGUUUAAGAAUAAAGAGGACAUUGUCAGUGUUGUUGAA